UGCCAGCUGCAAGCAAGGUGAGGGGCAGCCACAUACAUCAACUCAUCAUGACCAUCCCUGCAAACUGCCCUCAGGCGUUUCUCACCUGCAGGCCAGCACUGCCUUUGGGUAUUGAAUGUGCCACCUCAAAGUCGAUGUGGUCCUGCCAUCACCUGGUGACCCCUGGGAGGAGGGAGAGCUCUCCUUCCAUGCCGGUCCUGCAGCCCAAGGAGCCACUCACCAUCCUCAUCCUCCUUCUUCCUCAGCUUCUCCUCUGCAUCUUCACCUUUGCCAUGGUCCUGGUUCCCGAAGCCAAGGACCAGAGCAAGGCAGCCAAGGGCAGGAGAAGGGGCCUGGCACGGGCACCAACAGCCCCCCCUGCCCUGGCCUGGGCCCCGGAUGAGCCCUACAGCAGCAUGGCAGAGUACGAGCACAGCAUCCAGGACAUGGUGAGCCAGCUGAGGAACGGCUCCGAGCCAGGGGACACCAAGUGCCAGGUGAACCUGAGGCUCUGGAGGUCCAACCGGAGGAGCCUGUCCCCCUGGGCCUACAGGAUAAACCACGAUGCCACCCGGAUCCCAGCAGACCUCCCCGAGGCCCGGUGCCUGUGCAGCGGCUGCAUCAACCCCUUCAGCCUGCAGGAGGACCGCAGCAUGGCCAGCAUCCCCAUCUACAGCCGCCUGCCCGUGCGCCGCCUGCUCUGCCCGGCCCCGCCGGGGCACAGGGCCUCGGGCAAGAAGUGCCACAAGAAGUACCAGAUGGUGAUGGAGACCAUCGCCGUGGGCUGCACCUGCAUCUUCUGAGGCUGCAAAGCUAUGCCCUGCAGCUCCCUCAGUGCUGGGCAUUCUAACCAGCUUGCUCCUGCUUCCCCAGCUAGCCCAGCCCUUUGGGAGAGGCCACCUGGCUGGGCAUCAGGGUGAGGGGAGGUCCCUGUGCAAGAGCUCCUCAAAAUUCCCCUGCAGACUCCGUCAGCCUCAGCCCCAGCAGCUGCUUUGGGGACACCCAGUGCAGAGGCAGCCCCUGGGAGUGACCCAGACACCGACUGCCCCCAGCCUCCAGGGAGGAACUCAGCUGUGGGCUGGGGGAGAGAGGGAGCCAGCUGCCCCUGGUCCUCUGGCUGGGCAGGAUCAGGAUCAGGAUCAGGAUCAGGAUCAGGAUCAGGAUCAGGCCUCCUCCCUUCUCAAAGUCCCCAUCUCCCUUUGUUUGCUCCAUUGCUGCAGCAGCUCCUGGCAACACCCAGCCCUCCUGUCCUUCCCAGUCCUCCCCAGCCCUCCCACAGGUUCCUCUGUGCCAGGCUGGGCAGCCCAAGGAGCGGGGCGAGCUGCUGGUGGUUUGGGCAGCUUCUGAGGUCUCAAUAAAGCGCAUUGCUGGC